AUGACGGUGAGGGGCACGUUGAAGUAUGAAGUCUGCGAGAAGGUUCUUCACGCACGAUUGUUGGAGAAAGGCAGGAGCAAUGUCAAGGAAAUGGGAGUCGUCCUUGAAGAGGCACUCCAGGCAACAACGCAGGAGCGAGAGACUGAGGUUUCCGACCACCUCAACAAGCUUGUCGAGGAGACAAACCAGCACGUGGCUGAUGUGAAGCAUGGCCUGGAGGUUCUGAAGCAGCGCUCCGAGGAUGAAGCUGCCAAGCAGCCAAACUCCGCGCAGAUGAAGAUCAGGACCAAUAUGCAGCAGGCCAUGGCCAAGAAGCAUCAGCAGCUCUUGAUGGACUUCCAGAAGGCUCAGAUGGACUUCAAACGCACCCUGGAGCAUCGCCAACUUCGAGAAAUGCAGAUUCUUAUGCCUGAGGCAACAGAGCAGCAGCGGCAAGAGAUGAUCUCAGAAGGGCAAACUGCAGCGCUGAUGGUGGCGAAGAAGAUGGCCGGCACCCACGCUCUCCUCCUGGAUGAGGUGCGGCGCAUACAGGACAAGCACAAGGACAUCAUACGGCUGGAGCAGAGCAUUACUGACCUGGCCCAGAUGUUCGAGGAGAUGGCUGUUCUCGUGGAUGCGCAGGGGGAGAUGUUGGAUGCGAUUGAGGUCCAUGUGAACAACACGAAGGGGUACACUGCCCAAGCCGAGCAGGAGUUGAUCAAGACCCGAAAGGCACAGAUGCAGGGGAGGAAAUGGAUGUGUUGCCUGUCCAUUGUAGUUUUAAUCGUUCUACUCGUGAUCCUUGGGCCGAUUCUCAUCAGAUAG